AUGUUGUUCUCGAGUGUGCUCGCAUCAAGCGGGAGAAUGGACGGGACACGUAGUGUCAAAUUUGAACCACACACUGGUGAUCCGGAAAGGGAUUUGGCAUACGAAAGGGAACGAAGGCGUAUAGUGGAUGAGGAUGGUGUACCGACAGAAGUUGCUGAUUAUUUGGAUUACUUUGCUCAGAUGAUUGAAAAGAAAGACGUCCCAGAAAUCCACAAUCUCUAUGAGCAACAUUUCCCUGACUUGACAGAGAGAUUCUACCGCGAAAGAAUGUGGCCAGAUGAGCAAACAGUUGAGAGCAUUGUUGGCAGUGGUGAGUGUCAUACGUUUUUCCUUAGAUUGUGA